AUGGCGGCGACUAAGGAUUCCGACUUGCUCAACAGCACACCCAUCAGGACCAAGGAAUACGAUUCGUAUCCUUGGGAACUACUUAAAGACCACCAACUUCGGUCCCACCCUACUGAAUGCAUUCCGGUCUUGUCUUCUGCUGUAGCGGGAUGCUUGGCUGUAAUGAGAAGGCGAUGGACGGAGCGCGUUUUCCCGCUGGUUUGCCUGUUUCUGAUGUUCCUGAUGGUGGUUCAGUUUCUGGCGGCGCUGCCGUAUGGGCUGUCAUACAUCUUCUUGCGCAAUGGGAACGAGGGCAAGAAAGGGUUUGCUCAAUGGCCCGCCGAGUUCAGUAAAGAACCGGGCACUUGCAUUCUUCAUAAUCCACAGACACAUGACCCUGUUCAAGAUGCUAUUGAUGCUGGAUGCUCGGGAGUCAGGGUGGAUAUUCGGGUGCACGAGGACGAACUUAUGAGCAGUCCGAUGUCGGGUCAAGGGGCGUCGGAUACACUGCACAGUCUCUAUCUUGAUCGUCUCUUAACAAGGUUAGAUGCCAGAAACUCUGCAGAGAUUUCGCCAGCAUCUAGCGACGGGCCUGGCCUAAUGGGCCUGCUUGAUGAUGAUCCAGCACUGCCGCUCACGAUACUCCUGCAGUUUCACACUUUGGUGCAAACGGUCUGGCCGCGGCUGGUUUCGCAACUCAUGCCGUUGAAAGAGAAGGGCUACCUUUCUCAUCGAACAGGAACACAGGUUGUUCCUCGCCCUGUCACCAUUGUUCUGACGGGCCUGGACGCGUCGGACUUCGUCGACAUUAUUGGAUCUGGCCCUGACGACAUCCUGGACAGUAUCAUGCUUGAUAUCCCUCUUGAGCGAUUAGAAAAGGAAGGUUACGACUCCAUGUCAAACUUAUCAGGGCCCUUCCAUGGUUCUAGGAGCCAUGCAUCCGCGCAGUCCGAUCUGGACCCAGAGAACAGAUUAACUCCCCCUCACGAGCUCUAUCAGCUGCUCACCGCGACUGUGAACUUCACUAGGUCCAUCGGCCUCCCUCACCGUGGUGGACGAUUCUCUGCGCAACAGAUCGAGCGCGUUCGCGCCCAAGUGCAAGCGGCUCAUCGGCGCGGUCUUCGCAUCCGUUAUGAGGGGAUCACUUGCUAUCCACUACCGCUGCGACGGAUGAUCUGGCGGAUCUUGGUCCACGAAGGUGCUGACCUGAUUGAGAUGGAGGGGAUGGGAGAUGAAAUCCCUUGGUGGAGACGAUUCUUGCUGGCCCGAGAGAUGGAAUGUCACGGUCGAAGAGAAGGUACACGCUCAAGGACUGAUAAAUUUGUAUAG